AUGGAUGAGCCAUUGAACAAUUGGCCCGAUUGUCCCCACAAUUGUCAAUGUUAUAAAGCACCUAAAGUUGAUUUAGAAGACACCCGAACAACAGUGAGCCUAAUAUGCGAUGGCAUCGGUCAGUUGCCAACAUCCGGCAAUAAAUUAAUUGAUUUCGAUUGGAUUUCUGGCACACAUUUACCAAACCUAUGGUCACUUGAUUUAAGGGAUAAUCACAUCACAACCAUUCCUUCCGGUAUAAAACAAUUUCAGUUUCCCGGAAUACAAGUCCUAAAACUGGAACGAAAUAACUUAAAGAUAUUAAUGUGGAAUACUUUGCAACCACUUAUGAAUAUCAGGGAACUAUCACUUCAACUUCAUGAUGAUAUUGAAGCUGAGCACAAGAAUGUGAUCUGUUCUUCACAACACGUUCAUGAGGUUUAUGACAACCUCAACAAUAAUCCGGACACACAUUAUCCGCAGUUCUUUAUUGAUUCGAUGAAUAGACUUCUUUGCCGGGAUAUUACCAAACAAGUGACUGUGACGGCCGCGUGUCGCGAAAUGCAUAAAAAUUCUGACUCAUAUGAAACACCACAGAAAACCUGUCAGAAUUGGCCUGAAAAUAGUUUAUAA